AUUUUGACUUACCUUGGAUUGAUGUAUGUGGCUGCCAAACUGGGCUUUGAUUGGACCUUGGUGGUCAGUAAUCUUGGUUUGAAGCAAGCAGAGAUUGAGCAGAUACAGAUGGACAACCCUUACAAAGUGAUUAACAUGAUCAGUAUUGCAUUACAAAGAUGGAGGGACAGACAAGAUGGGCAGUCUGACGAAGUUCCUCUUCAACAACUAUUCAGUGCUCUGAAGAAUUGUAAUCGCAUGGACUUAGUGGAUGAAUUACAACAAAAAUACAACAUACCUGAAGACAACCCUAAAGAGGAUUAAACUAUGGAGAAGCUAGUUUACCAGAUAAGGAUACAGCACUUAUAAGUCUUUGAGGAACAGACUUCUUUAUGAAUACACAUACAUUGUAAUACAUUGUCAGUAAAAUUGACUUACAUGGAACUUGGUUUAGAAAAAAAAAAUUGCAAUGAUUAACUUCAUUCUGUAAGUAAUCUUGGGGGACACUGUGUACCAGAAGCCAUCAGUAAGAAAUUCUUAAUAAAGGCAUGUGAAAUGUAUUUUCAUCUAUAUACAUCUGUUAAUGAACUGUUUGUAGCAAAAUUUGAUUAUAGGAAUAUAAAAUCAUCAUAUGAAUAUGGGCAUACACAUUCAUAAUGUUUAAAAUUUCUUGGUACAUGGAGAAGUUACAAUCUCUAUAUUAACUAUAGGAACUCUUGAAAACAGUGAUUUUUUUUUUACAGUUCCAAUGAUAUUUUUGAGUGAUUUCCAUUGUAUUACAACUGUAUAAUAAUUUUUCUGGUUGCUUUUCAGUUAAGUAUUUAAUUUGAUUUAUGAGUUAUUCUCUGUAUCCACUUAAACUCUUUUAGCACACUUGGUCACCAAAUUUGAUGAAACAUUGCCAAUAUUAUAAUGACACCAGAAACAUAUAUAAAAAAAUUUGGUUGCUUUGUUUCUUGGUUGCCAUGAAAAAUUGAGAUUUUCAGCUACCUUGAAUCUUUUUUGAAUGUUUAUUUAAGACUAAGAAAAUCAAACAAACCAUUCUCACAAAAGCAUGACACCUUGAUGUCAUUUAUGUUAUAGAGAAACUAUUCAAAAUAUAUAAGUAGGUGGUAAUUAUGGGUACAUUUGAAAUAUAUUUAAAUGCUUAAAACUUGGUGAGCAACACAAAAAAAUAAAUUUGACCUUACAUUAUAGGUAUUUUUUAUAAGGCAAUAUUAUUCUAAAAAUAACUUUCAUGGUUGCCUUGGUAACACAAUAGCCACACAAAAUUGCUAAGAUUUGGUUAAUGCAGCUAUCAAGAAAAAACAUGGAAAUUCAAGACUGGCAAAUAUACAUUGUUAGGACGGAUAACAUAAGAAAAAUUGGGAUUAAUUGCUACAUUGCAGUGUAACCAUGGAAACAACUUACUAGCGGUUUAAAGUGAUAAUUUUUUUGCAGCUUUUGGAAUUAUUUCCUUUAAAUCAAACAUUAUUUGACUCACCUUGAAUUGUACUUAUCUGAUAUAACUAAAGUUGAAUAUCAUAUACAUGUACUGAUGUUUAACGAAGAAAAUAACACUGUUGCUAUAGUUACCAAGGAGGAAAAUGUUCAUUAAAACCUAUUUAGUAGCUUCUUGCAUCCAGUUAGAGAUUGUGUAGUAGUCAAAAAUAUCAAUCAUAAAAUUUUUGGGAAUCUACAUACCAGUGUACGUAUCCAAGGAAUCAAAUUUUUCCGUUUUUAUGCAUUUUUUUUCUACAAUUUCCAUUGCAAUGCUCUUUUUCAAAAAUUUAAUAUUUGAAUUUUUGUAAUGUGAGAAUUAGAAGCCAUUGCAUUUAAAAAUUGAUCAACAGUUAUAUUGAAAUGUGCUAGAUAGGAUCAGAUUAAAAACAUAACGGUAAAUUUGAAAUUUCUUAGCAGUAUUAAAACCAGAGCAAUCAUUGCCAACCAAUAUCGUAUUUCUUCCUUGGGAUAUGUUACACUGAAUUUUAUUAAUUGGAUGCUUUUUAAUUACCGUAAUAAUUGCUUUUGUUUU